AUGUCUCCCGACUGGUUUCGGUCCAGGGACGAAAUCCGAUUUGGAAUUUCUCGAGCCACACAAACACACCUGCUGAUCAAGCAUCCCAGGUCGCCCGUCAAGAUGAGGGGAAUAGGAUUCAACAUUUGUCCUAAUUGGUUAUCGGUCAUCGAGCGCGAGGACACGAUCUACUCCGUGUCGACGCACCCAACGCACCCGAACUUGGUCAUGACGGCAGGCGAAGAAGGCCUGGUUCGGCUACAUGAUUUAAGGAGCCCUGGGUCGGUCUUUCCUUCUAUGGAGGGAGUUGUUGUCCGCAACUCCGAGAUCAACGAUGCCCAAUGGUGUCCAACGUCAGGAGCCUCGCAUUCCUUCAUUGUUGCUCAACAGAAUGGCAAUGUGUGCCUGCUGGACUCACGCAUGGCCUUCUCUACAUCGAUCAACCCUGCUGAGAACUUGGACCCCAAAAACGCUAUUCAUCACUAUGCGACCUGGGUAACAAAGGCUGGGUCCAGUUCGUCUUGGGGCCCCGAGCCAUCCAGCGUGGCUUUCAGCUCUGAUGGUAUGCGUGUGGCUAUCACACUCAAGGACUUCACACCAGUCCUUUACGACACAUUUCAUGCAUCUCCCCUUGCACAAUUCUGUAGGUUGAGGAUCUGUAAUUGUCAAAUGCAACCGAGUAGAAAACAUGGUUCUUUCGGGGGCGCUGGUCUAGGUCUCCCUGAGGAUUCGGUUUAUUGUGCUGGCUCGGACGACUUUAGAGUAUAUGCGUGGGCGGUCCCUUCAAGGGACACCCUAGAGCAGAAUGUACGCUACUGCAAAAGCGAUCAGUGGCUCUUAGAAACGGACACUAGUUGUAUGGGCUUUGUAACCCCCGAUGAUCCACAUACAGUUUCUGUUCCCUCCUGCCUCCGUCACCCUGAUUUCCUCCUUGGAGGACAUAGAUCUAUCGUCAAUACGGCGGCCUUUCACCCUACCCUACCUUUGAUUUUUACUUCGGGUGUAGAAAGUCAUAUACGAAUGCACUCAAUGCGUCCGAUCCCUGGCGGUCGAGCAUCAGAGCCAGUUGAACUAUCCCGAGUAUUACCCCCAUCGUCUCAACUCUCUCGCAUCAGCUUUCGAGCUGCUGCUUAUGGUGCAGAUACACUAUCCCGAGAAGAAAUACAAGUAUAUAGAGAAAUUCCUCGCGAAGAUCGCACAAUAUUUAUGUUUGAUGAGAUCCUGCGAAUGGAAGAAGCACCUGAUAUUUUUCAAACACGCCCUCAGAUUUCAUUGUUGAAUGACUACUAUGCUUAA